GCAAUGUAUUAUGGGACACCAAAAUGGAGCCCUCUUAGAGUGGAUGUUGUUGUGUCCUCGGUUAUAUAGCUGUUCACAGUUGUUAAAAGAGUAGUCACUCAUUUUAGGACUGGGUACGCUCCUCUGGGAUCAUAUAUAAUGGGGGUUUUCUGUUUCGCCCGAGAAGCGUUUACCGCUUUGGGUGUUUACGCCAGAAAACCCACCGUUUUGUGUGUUAUGCUUCUUUCCGGUGCUCCAGCUUCUGCGGCGAUUCGGGUCAAGCGAUACAGCCAGGACACGAGUAAAAAUGUCCCGGGACAGUUUGUGUGCUACCACCUUCCGCACAGGACCCUGCUUAAGAUUCAAGGACAAGAUACAAGCCCGUUUCUUCAGGGGCUUAUAACCAAUGACAUGGGGCUGUUUGAAGAGCCCGAACGUGCUGCCAUGUACGCUCACAUGCUAAAUGUACAAGGAAGAACUCUGUAUGACAUCCUGUUGUACAGUCUGAAAGAAGCAGAAGGAGGGCAUGGUGUUUUCCUGGAAUGUGACAGCAUGAUUAAGGACUCAAUCUUAAGACAUUUGAAGGUGUACAAGCUCCGCAGAAAGGUCAACAUUAGUUCUUGCCCAGAGCUCUCUGUGUGGGCGGUGCUUUCCCAACAAAAACAAACAGGUCAAGAGGCCAGUAAACCUGAGCUUUCCACCCCUGAAAGAGCUCUGGUAUGGGAGGCUGAUCCUCGAGCUCUGCAAAUGGGUUGGAGAUUGGUGUUGCACAAUCAAGUUGAUCCUGUGGAUGUCAUAGCAUCUUGUCACAAAGGAGAUACAAAGGACUAUCACAGACAUCGUUAUGCAAUAGGACUUCCUGAGGGAGUUAAGGACCUUCCUCCUGGGCUGGCGCUACCACUAGAGUCAAACCUCGUCUACAUGCAGGGUAUCAGCUUUAGCAAGGGCUGUUAUAUCGGCCAGGAGCUUACAGCCAGGACUCAUCACACUGGGGUGGUUCGAAAACGCCUGAUGCCAGUACGAUUGUCAACUCCAGUCCAAGACCUCGAGGAAGGAACUGUACUGCAGACACAAUCAGGCAAGCCAGCCGGGAAGCACCGAGCAGGGGUUGAGGAGCUGGGUCUGAGCCUAAUCCGCCUGGCUCAUGCCAAGGAGGUGUUAAAGCUCAAAUCUUCUGACGACACCAGUGUGACACUUGAGGUCUCUGUGCCAGACUGGUGGCCUAAAGAUGAGAAAAUAAACUGAAGAGGAGGACGUUUUGUAGCUCUCUGAUAUGUGACAUACAUCGCUUCUGACAGAUUUCUCAUUGACAGUUCCCUGAAGAACUGUAUGUUACACUGCCAUUGCUUUACAGCUGUUCUGUCUGCACUACAAACCUUGUUAGGAAGGAGCUGGUAAAAUUAUAAAGUAUUAUUUAUCACAGUGAUUAGAUGUUUCAGUUGUGUAAUAAAAGAUAGACCAACAAUGAUGUGGCACUGGUGGUCAUUCAGUCAGUAAUGGAAAAUGACAAUGAAAGAAACCAAUGUAUUUUUUAAUACCUUUUUU